AUGUCCAGUGUUCAUCUGUCAUUCCCGGUGUACUCCUCUGGACCUCACGGGGACAAAGAAUACGAGUCUCCAAGAUCAAACAAAACAGCCCCAGCUAAAAAAGAAUCUUUCCUCGAAGAUGUAAUAACAGCGAUAGAGAAUGACAAACCCUCUCCAGAAAGAGAUAAACGGAGACGUCACCAUUAUACUGCACUAGGCGUCGGCGACGAACUUGGAUACUGCAACUUCUGUUGUCGGCAGUUGUAUUUCCGCGACACAAAGUUCUGUGACAAAGCUUGUGAAAACCGGAAGCGUCAACUAAGCUGGAAAGCAGCAAAUAUAGGUAAUGGCAAUAUUCUUCAUCCGGGUAAUAACGGUCGCCGUCCGCAAAUGCCACUAGACACUGGUCAGCAAAGAUUAACCUGGAGGUCAUGGCAUGACGAGUUAUCAAAGACGAGACGAAAUAGAUACAUUUGGGGAGACGAACCAAGACGUCAAGAACAGUUUUCUAAUUUCACGGACUACAAGCCAUCAUGGGAAAUGUAUGGACAUUAACCUAUACACUGUCCUAGAGGUUAUUAAACCUUUUUCUGAGGUUUGUCUCAAAUCUCAAAUGGUCAGUGUACAAUAUGUGUUGUCUCAAAUACCGGAGAUUUGAGAACUUUUUAUAACCUCGGACCUGUACUUGUUUAAUAGUGUUUUAUUUACUUUAUAUGACAUUAGUUUCUCAGAGCUUCGUACAAAAUGACAAUGCCUUUUGCUAUAUUUCACAACAAUAACAACAGUUUUGCAGUGUACAUUUGAUUUGAUUAUUCAACAAUUUGAAAAACUACCUUGAAGAAAACUUGUGUACGUCAUGAGAUAUUCUAAAUUUCAAGCAAAGCUAAUGUUGUAGAGUUUGAUUUUGACAUUUUUAAUAGUCAUAACAGGCCAACGUAUAUAUUUUGUGAGGAAAAGUGUAAACAUGGUCUGGAUACCGUCAUCAAAGGAGCAAAAUAACUAGUAUACUUCCACGUAAAUCAAAUACAUUUGUAUUAUAAUAAA